AUGGCGUGUUGUCCGAGAGAAGUACACACAUAUUUAGAAGUGUGCGGUGGGGCGCACUUGUGCGCUUCCCUCCUUUUUGAGGAAAAUUUCAGCUUUUGAGGCGAAAUAGCUAUUUUGCCUCAAAAGCUAUAUAGGAAAAAAGAGUUGACACGUGGGAGUUUGUAAUAUUUGGGAGAAAUGAGAAAAAUAUCGAAAACUUGUAGAUAUUUUAGCGGCGAAAAGAUCAAAAUCAAAUUUUUUCAAAAAUUGAGGUUUUUUUCAAAUUUUUUACAAAAAACAACAAUUUUCGAAAUAAAACCAAAAAAUCCAAGCUCAAAAUUUUCAACCCAAAAUCACAUAUUUUUCAGCGCUUCCCGAACACGCCCCAUAUUAUUCGGGAAACCCGCUGACCGAAAAAACCGAAGGCAUCUUGCACUUCUACAAAUACAACGAUGAAAAAUCGGCGAAUUCGGCACAAUGUCGAAUGUUGUGUAUGCUGGGAAUACCAGCGCAAAUCACAAUAUCCGAAAUCAUCACAUUUAUUGGUGUUUCGCUGCCGAUGAUUGAACGGAUGAAAGUUGUGCGGGAUUCGACGCCGAAUCAAUAUAUGUUGAUUAUUAAGUUCAAGGAACAUGUGAGUGUUUGGAACGCAAGCUUCUGCGAAGCGGUUGGUUUUCUACGUAGAAAACCAACGUGGCCGCUUCGCGGAAAAUAGUGCCGCUGACGCGGAAGCUAGCGGUUUACACUCGCUCCGCUCGCAAAAAACCUUUCCAAGUCCUAUUCUGAAAUAUCGAAUAAGAAUCUGAAAACUGGAAUUUGCUGACAAAUAGUUUGUUUGCAAAUUCCAGCAUUUUUCAGAAUUUUAUUGGAAUUUCAGCGGAGAUGCGGAAGCUAUGCCCAAAUUUUGAUUUUCCCCUUCGUUUUUCAGAAUGACGCCGUUACUUUCUACGAAGAGUACAAUAAUUGUCCAUUCAAUGAUUUUGAGCCACAUCACUGUGUUUUGCUAUUUGUUGAUAGAAUCGAAUGUGUAAGUGAUUUAUCCUAACUCCCCCUCCCCCUCCCAAGUUCAAACAAUUCCAGACAACAUCUGAUGAACUUCUCACCUCACAAUCCAGCAACUUAACCGAACUCCCAACGUGUUGUGUUUGUUUGGAGCGAAUGGAUGAAAGUGUUUUGGCGAUAUUGUGUAAUCACGCGUUUCAUGCGCAAUGUUUGGAGCAGUGGAUGGAUAACACGUGGGUUUUUUUGGAGCCUGAAUGUUCCUAGCAAUUUCUUGCAGCUGCCCGGUUUGUCGAUAUGUUCAAACUCCCGAAGUUGUCGCUGAGCAACGAUGCAACGAUUGUGGACAAUCGAAUGAUUUGUGGAUUUGCCUGAUUUGCGGAAACAUCGGAUGUGGUCGCUAUGCUUCGCAACACGCCCAUCGACAUUGGGAACAGACAUCGCAUACUUAUAGUUUGAAAAUUGGCGGCGAGCAACGGGUUUGGGAUUAUGCUGGUGAUAAUUAUGUGCAUAGAUUGAUUGAAAAUGAUUCGGAUGGAAAACUGGUGGAAUAUCAAAAUACUGCAGACCGAAGUGAUGGGCAUAAUUCGAAAAAAGAUGACAAAUUAGAUGGGAUCAAACUAGAGUAUACUCUACUUCUCACAAGUCAACUUGAAAAUCAGCGGAAAUAUUUUGAGGAGAAACUCGGGGAGGUUGAGAAAGCGAUGGGGAAGAUGGAAAAAGUGGCGUGUGCUCAAGUUGAAUCGUUGGAGCAGCAAUUGAAAGAGCAGACGAGUGAGCUGAAGGCGGUGAAAACUGAGCUGGAGGCUUGUCAGAAGUCGAAGUUAUCGGCGGAGAAGAAGGUUGUUUGGUCGGGAGAGCGGAUCAAGAAAUUGGCGGGCGAGUUGAAGGAUGAGCAGGAGAUAAAUCGAAUGUUGCGGGGGGAUCAGGUUGUUUGGAAGGGGCAGUAUGAGAAGAUUGGGGAGAAGAUUGAUGAGAAGACGGCGAAAUAUGAAGCGGUAAGGGAUUUUUGGGGUUGAAUUUUUGAAUCAUACAUGGCACUGCUCUCAAAUCUGUGAGGGGGAGAUCAUGACAUUUGGAAAAAAUUUUCGAGGGGGGGAUCAUGACAUCACAUACAAAACACCUAAAUUUUUUUCAAAGUGAAAUCGGUACGCUAGAAAAAAAUUGGGUUUUUGCAUGUGGUCAUUUUUGACUUAUUUUUUCAGGUUCGGUAAUUUGGAAACUAGUUCUUUAGGAAUAUCGAAUGUAGAGAACGAGCGAAGAAUUCGACGGAUAUCUUUCAUCGGCUAAUUAUUCUUAUUUUAUUUUUCUAAAAUUCUCAAUUAUAUUUUUCUAUAUCCUUCUAAAAUAAAAAAUGCGUUUAUCUCAGAAAUUUUUACAAAUUAUCAUUCUCAACUUUUCUGAACAAUUACAUAAUAAUAAUAAUAAUCAUAUCCAAUGCGUUAUUUAUUUGAUAAUCAAAUUGAAAUCCAAAAAUAUUGAAUUACAAAACAAAAGAAAAAAAAUGAAUUCCACCGAGAAUUCGAUCCAAAAACCCUCUGAUUAUUAGGCGCGAUCUCUACCGACUUGACCACGAGGCUACUUAUUUUCACACGUUUAUUUUUAAGUGAUAAAUAAGGGAUAGAAGAGGAGAGAAAAUGAAAAAGAGAAGGAGAAGCGGAAAAAAUCAUGAAAUUUUUGAAAAAUUCCCAUUUUUUAUCGAAUUUCGCCGAUUUUGUUAUAUGUUUCGAUUGUAUAAGUAACUUAAGGAUGGUAGAAAGGAAUGUCUGUCGAAAUUAUCUAAAAAGAUGGUUUAUUUCUUGAGAUAUGAUCCCCCCAAAAUCGAAGCCGUUUUGCUAUGUCAUUUUGGGGGGAUCAUAUCUCAAGAAAUAAACCAUCUUUUUAGAUAAUUUCGACAGACAUUCCUUUCUACCAUCCUUAAGUUACUUAUACAAUCGAAACAUAUAACAAAAUCGGCGAAAUUCGAUAAAAAAUGGGAAUUUUUCAAAAAUUUCAUGAUUUUUUUCCGCUUCUCCUUCUCUUUUUCAUUUUCUCUCCCUCUUCUAUCCCUUAUUUAUCACUUAAAAAUAAACGUGUGAAAAUAAGUAGCCUCGUGGUCAAGUCGGUAGAGAUCGCGCCUAAUAAUCAGAGGGUUUUUGGAUCGAAUUCUCGGUGGAAUUCAUUUUUUUUUCUUUUUGUUUUGUAAUUCAAUAUUUUUGGAUUUCAAUUUGAUUAUCAAAUAAAUAACGCAUUGGAUAUUGGAUAUGUUAUUAUUAUUAUGUAAUUGUUCAGAAAAGUUGAGAAUGAUAAUUUGUAAAAAUUUCUGAGAUAAACGCAUUUUUUAUUUUAGAAGGAUAUAGAAAAAUAUAAUUGAGAAUUUUAGAAAUAAAAUAAGAAAUAAGAAAAAAUAAGAAACAAUGGAUGAUAUCCGUCGAAUUCUUCGCCCUUUCUCUACAUCCGAUAUUAAAAGCGCUAGUUUCCAAAUUAUCGAACCUGAAAGAAUAAGUCAAAAAUGAAACUCCCCCCCCCCCCGGAUAUUUUUCAUUUUUUUCACCAUUUAUUUUUUCAAAUUUUUGACAAAAAAAAUUGAGGGGAGGGGAUCAUGACAUUUCAAAAUUUUGGGGAGGGGGGGGAUCAUUACAUGGAGGGUCUGUUGGGCAAAGAUGCCAUGUAUGUUUUGAAUUCCCAUAAUUUUGAUAGGAAAUCGCCGAUCUCCAAUCGCAAGUCAACGAUCUCCUAAUGCACUUUGAAACUCAAACCAAAUUAAAUGAACAAUUGGAAGCGGGAGCGGUGACGAAAGAGGAAAUUGAGCAAAGUCAAGUUGGACUAAAUCAAUCGAAUUCUCCAGUUAAGAAAUUAAGAUCUAAGAAGAAAUAA